AUGACGUCCUCCCAUUCUCAUCGUGCAGCGAUCGGUGAUCACCGAUCCAUGGAAAGAGCUGAAGAUGACAGCUCGGUCAUGUGAUCAGCUGUGUCCAAUCACAGCUGAUCACAUGUAAAACAGGGAAAUGCUGCCCCAGCAGUGCCACCUGUCAGUGUCCAGUAGUGCCAUGUGUCAGUGCUCAUCCAUGCCACCUGCCAGUGCCCAUCAGUGCCACAUCAAUGCCACAUAUCAGUGCCCAUCUGAGCUGCCUUUCAGUGUCACCCAUCAGUACCAGUCAGUACCACCUAUCAGUGCUGCCUAUCAGUGCCACCUAAAAGUGCCAGUCAGUGCCACCUAUCAGUACUAGUCAGUGCCACCUAUCAGUGCCAUAUAUGAGUGCUGCCUUUCAGUGCCCAUCAGUGA